CCCUAGCAACGGUGGACUCAGCAGGCGGCGAGGCGGUGUGUGGGACGUGUGGAAGAGAGUGGAGGACAGUUAACGGACACAGUGGAGGGAAGGCCAGGGGGAGGGACGUGACAAGGAGGACAAAGCCACAGGGUCCAGAGGAGAGCCAGGUGACAGGUGUUCCCUUAGGAAGGUCCCAAGGAAUAGGUGCUUGACCCAUAGCCUAUGAAGAGCCUCUCUUUCAACACACUACAAUGGGGCGAAAAGUUGUCUUGGCCACAUGCUCCCUCAACCAAUGGGCCAUGGACUUCCAGGGCAACAUGGACCGCAUCGUAGACUCCAUCCAGCAGGCCAAGGCUGCUGGGGCCAUGUACAGAAGUGGCCCAGAGCUGGAGAUACCGGGCUACAGCUGUGCUGACCACUUCUAUGAAAGCGACACUUUGCUUCACUCCUGGGAGGUGGUGGCAGCCCUCCUGCAGCACCCGGCAUGUGUAGAUCUCAUGAUUGAUGUUGGUCUGCCAGUGAUGCACAAAAAUGUCACUUACAACUGUAGACUGAUCUUCUUAAACAGAAAAAUUUUACUCAUCCGCCCCAAACUGAUUCUCUGUGAUGAUGGGAACUACCGAGAGACUCGCUGGUUCACUGCAUGGCGGAAGCUUCGCCAAGUGGAGGAUCACUACAUUCCGAGGAUGAUCAGCAGAAUAACAGGGCAGGUCACAGUGCCUUUUGGGGAUGCCGUCAUAGCCACCAGAGACACCUGUAUUGGAUAUGAAAUUUGUGAGGAGCUUUGGAAUCCAGAGAGCUCCCACAUCCCCCUUUCCUUGGACGGUGUGGAGAUCAUCGUCAACGGCUCAGGAUCCUACACUGAAAUCCGCAAAGGCAACGUCUGCCGAGACCUCAUCGUGUCUGCCACGGCUCGGAGUGGUGGAUGCUACCUCUUCGCCAACCCCAGAGGCUGUGAUGGUGACAGAGUUUACUUCCCCGGGAACUCAAUGAUCGGCUUAAACGGCAGCAUCGUGGCUCGAGCAACACCCUACAGCCUGGAGGAGGUGGAGGUGGUGACGGCAACGAUUGACCUGGAGAGUGUGCGAAGCUACCGCUCUCUGAUCCGCAGUCGGUGUCUCCACGCGGCCCAGAGUCAGGCUUAUCCUCGCAUUCAGGUGAACUUCUCCCUCUCCAACGACGAAGACAUCUUCCUCCCGUCGUCCCAGCCUCUCGAGUACACCAUCCCCAGCCCGGAGGAGGAGAUUCUGUACGGUCCCGCCUGCUGGCUCUGGGACUACUUACGGAGGUCGGGCCAGGGGGGCUUCCUUCUGCCGCUGUCUGGUGGGGUGGACUCCUCAUCAACAGCGACCAUCGUGUACUCCAUGUGUCACUUGGUGGUGCAGGCGGUGGCUAAUGGGCAGGAGAAGGUCUUGGAAGAUGUCCGUCGCAUCGUAUCCCAGGCAGACUACGUCCCUCGUGACCGCCGGGAGCUCUGUGGCCGGCUCUUCCACACUGUUUACAUGGCCACAGAAAACUCCUCCACAGAGACCAAGAAUCGUGCCAAAGUACUCUCACAGCAGAUUGGAAGCUACCACAUUCCAGUCACCAUUGACAGCAUAGUGUCAGCUGCUCUAGGGAUCUUCAGUGCUGCCACAGGUCUGAUACCCAAGUUCAAGGUGAGAGGAGGCACAGUGAGGGAAAACCUUGCCCUGCAGAAUGUCCAGGCAAGACUGAGGAUGGUGCUGGCAUACCUCUUUGCUCAGCUUGUGUUGUGGGUGCGAGGCCGACAAGGGGGCCUGCUGGUGCUGGGGUCGGCCAAUGUGGACGAGGCGCUGCGUGGCUACAUGACCAAGUAUGACUGCAGCUCGGCUGACAUCAACCCCAUUGGAGGAUUUUCAAAAGCUGAUCUCAAGAAUUUCCUUCAUUUAGCUAAAGAAAGACUAAACCUGCCAGUAUUAGGCGAGAUCCUUGGGGCCCCACCCACGGCAGAGCUUGAACCCCUGGACGAGGGAACGCUGGUGCAGACAGAUGAGGCGGACAUGGGCAUGACCUACAAUGAGCUGGCAACGUACGGGAAGCUGAGGAAGGUGGAGUGCUGCGGCCCGUACUCCAUGUUUGGCAAGCUCAUUCACAUGUGGUCAGAUCGCUGCUCCCCUCCUGAGGUCGCAGAGAAGGUCAAGCUUUUCUUCAGGUUCUACAGCGUCAACCGCCACAAGAUGACCAUAAUGACACCCGCUUACCACGCAGAGACUUACUCUCCCGAUGAUCACCGAUUUGACCACCGCCAGUUCUUGUACAAUUACCGUUGGCUGUGGCAGUUCAGGGCAAUAGACAAGGCUGUGGAGAAGUGGGAGAGCAGAAAGAGAGGAGACGAACAAGUUGAAAGAAGUGGCUCCAACCGUUCCCUCAAGGAUAGCCAGUCAUCCCUCCCUCGACCCUCCUCACGGUCAUCCAGCAACUCUUUCAGCGGGUCAACUGCAUGCACCAAGGAUACCAAGCCAUCACCUCACUCAUGCCCAUCAUCAAGGUCACCCAGUCAGUCUUUCAGCAUACCAAGUGGGAGUGAGUCACAGCGGCGAGGCAUUGAAGUAGCCCCAGGACCCUUCACUCACUCUACCCUCCUUGGACCCUCCACAUCUCAUCACAGACUACAGGACACGUCUCCCAUGGCCAUCACCACCACCUGGCUUAACCCUGCUGAGGCAAUGGACUGUGGCUCUGCAGGGGAAGAAGAGAGGAAGCGAAGAGGGUGUAUGUCGCCCAUCUUUCAGUCUCCUUGUCACAGCUCACAGAAGUCGUGUCGUGCUGGGGAUGCCCUGCCAAGUACCCUUCAGUGCCACCCUGCCUCUGUCCACAUGUAGCUCUCUGUAAGAUAAGGUCAUGCAUUCCAUUGUUCUUAGUAAGGAGAUGGACAAAUAGCUGGCAAUUCAAUAAAAGUAUGGAUAGACAGGACAGAUAAAUAACAGGUGCUUAGAAACAGUCAUUCAUAGGCUGACCCAUUCCAUUAUUCUUUUCGAAGAGAUAGACAAUUAUUAGUUUACAAGUGGAGUAAUAGAUGAAUGGAAUAGAUUGAAAAGUGGGUUAGUUAGUGUAAAUAGGAUUGAAAACUUGAAUUGGAGAUUUGAUGGUCACAUGCAUGGGAAGGGCAGAUGGUAACUGGUUCUUGGGAGUAGUUCUGCACAGGCUGGCUAUUCCCUUGCAGGCCUGUAGUAUCCUCCUGCACCCUUGCACAGCUGCCCAGCAUUCAUGUAAGAUGCCUACCAUGGUGCUAGUGUGUGUCAGCUGUUUACAUGAAGCCAGAAUGUUUACCCGUUUCAAAGCACCCAAUUAACACUCAUUUCAUAAAAGAAACGAAAUUGGUAAGUUGUAGUUGUUGUUUUUUAUGCUCAACUCACUUUUCCAGAGUAGCUUUAUCUUGGUAUUAGUACUAAACAGAAUAGUGUAUAUAAAUUUCCAAUAUAACUCUGCUUACAUACUUAGCAAGGGUCUGAACUGUAAAAGCUACCUAACCUCUCAGGGGGAGCACUGCCAGUAAUUCAAUAGUUCACUGCACAUAUAUAGCCCACCUAAGUUGAAUUAUAGCAACCAGUAGACUAUCAUGAAAAUAUAUUAUCAAGUAAGUAGUGGCCAAUGAUUUAGUUGUGAGAAGGCCCACACUAAUGCUUCUUACCAUGUUGUGCUUGUGUUUGCCAUGAAUACUUGUGUAAGUGUUGAUAUCAUGUCAAGGUCAACCCUCCAAGGCUAUGUAUGAUAUAUAUGACUGGGGAAUUUAUUCAAGCCCUUUGAAAUUAGUACCCGGAUAUGAAGGUUCACCCCCUAAACUUUGCCUUAAACUAUUGUCCAAAAUACAUAUCAUCUACUUUUGCAUGAGUCUGUUUGGUAUGCCUGUGGGAGUAACACUUGGAGAGCUUUUUAGGCUGUCCAGCUUAUAUUGUGUAAGACAUCAAUGUGCAAACACUAAAGUAAGUUUAGUGAAAUGAAAUAAUAGUGUCUUGAACCAGUUAAUGUAAUGAGUCCCUGCUUAUGGCUCACUUCUCAGGCGAGUGAAGUCAUGAUAAUAUUUUAUAAUUUACAUCACCAUUGAUGCAGUUUGUGUGCCUUUAUUGUGACUGUCUUGAAGUGUCGUGGUCAGGUGUCAGUAAAUAUAAAGUAGUAGUACAUAUGUGGGAGUGAAGCUUGUGAACAGGCAAUGUGUGGGACUGGUCCAGUUUGUGUGCAAAAUGUGUUGGUAUUUUUGUCAUCGUCUAUGACUACAUAUUGUUGAAUUAUACUAGUAAAGCUGAAAGUAUGUACUUUAUAGGAUGAGGUAGAUAACAGUGAAAGAGGCUUUGAGAUUUAUUUUGUUUAAGAGAUUUAUGGAACAGAAAUACAUAAUUACACAAAUACAUUAUAGUGUUUUAUAGUGACAUAACAUGAUUCUCCAUGUACUAUUAUGCCAGGUUGAUUUGCUGUCAUGUACACAAGUGUGGGUAGUGUUGCUAAGAAGACAUCAUUAGCAGUAUCAGCCAAGAGAAAGGGUUUGUCCUCAACAGUGCUUCAUAACAGUGAUGAAAAUAAAUAUAUAUUGUAUUGAA